GUUUCACAGAAAGCCAGCGGCAGGGAGGGGGGGGACUGAUCUUGGUAACUGUUCACCUUCUGACAUCAGAAACCUCCAAUGCAGCAUACAAGACGGCUGUCGCGAAAUCCCUGAUCAAGAACAUGAAGCUCCUUCCCCUCUUCACAGCUGUGACCUGCCUCACGCCCCCAGGUCCUUCUUUCUUCAUACCACAAGUGAUGAAGUUUUUUUUCCAGAUCACAUGAGCCAGGAUGAAGGGGGAAAAUCCUGCCAGGAACAGAGAUGGGCUGCAACCUGAGCCUGAUCAAGGGGAGAUACAGAGCAGUACCCUGAGAGCUAUAUAAGAAUGUGCUCGGCACAAGAGCAAACACUUUUUCAGGUGAAGGACUCUCAUGAAUCAGCCAUGCAUGUGAGUGAAGACACCGUUUCAAGGAGGCUUGGAGCCACUAACAAAACAUGUUUGUAUUUCAUCAUCGCUACCCUCGCCACAUUACUCGUCUUUGCACUAGCCACCAUCAUGGUCUUAGUCAUUCAGAGGACGGCAGCUGAUCCUGCCACAGAGGGCAUCACAGAACCCAUCCGCAAAGGGAACACCUCUGAAGACUUUUUAAGAAUCCUACAGAAUGUCCCGACCAAGGGAGCCGCUGCGUACAUGAGAGUGUCAAGUCCAGUAAACGGUUCAAAACUGAGCUUGGUUGGGAAGGGUGUAUGUGAAGACAUUCAGUGCAAGAGCGAAGAGCUGGUGAUACGGCAACAAGGCCUCUACUUGAUCUACUGCCACCUAAACUUUCAUUUUGCCAACUGUUCAAACAGCCCCACGGACCUCAAGAUAGAGUUCCUUGUGAACGGCAAAGUCAACCGGCAAACAUUGUCCACAUUGUGUGCAUCAGACACGUGCCAAGAAAAGACUUUCAAGACCUUGUUCCAGCUCCAUUUGACGUACCUGAACGUGGAGGACCGGAUAUCAGUAACACUUAAUCAUCCUAAAUUCUUGAAUGAAAUUUCCCUUCCCAAUGAUAAUGUUCUUGGGGUCUUGAGGUACAGUGAUGAAAUGUGAGAAGUUCUCUGACUUUCCACUGCUGCCCAGACUUUCUCUGUCUUUCUCUGAAUGACAGCAGCCUGCUUUUACUAGGCUACACCUUGUUUCACGUUUCCUAUCUUACCUCAUUGCUAGGGUAAACAAGGAACUUUGUGUCCCAGAAUGAAAUCUAAAACUACAAGACCCACACCUGGCAGACGUAGGGUUGCUCUGCUUUGGCUCAGGGUAGGAUUGGUGUUGGACUAUCCAGCACACAACCCACAGACAUGCCAGUGGUUCCUCCAAACAAUGCUGUGCAAAUACAGGCCAAAAUGCAACCACAUUAUGGGAAGAGUACACAAUAUCAUGGCUUUUUGGCUAAUGUGUUGCUGGCAAGGUGCCUAUGCUCAGGAGAUGGAGAAAUCCUUUUGUCUAAAUUUUAUGGAAUAGUCAUUGGCAAUGUCGUUUAAAAAAAAUUAACAAUCAAAGCUUGUAAUUAAGGCUUUCUUUUCAACUAGAGCAUGCAACCACAACUCUGGAGCAGGUUUAUGGAUAGAACAAAGAAAGUAAAGAUGAGGAAAUUGCUGACUCCCAGGCUAGUAGCUAAAACACUGGGACAGAAUGUAGGCAAUCUGGGACUCACCAGACAUUUCUAGGCUGUAUUCUGCUAUGGACUUUAUGCAAUUUAGUUCCAAGUGUCUUCCUUUUCACUAUUUAUCCAUCUUUUCUAUUUAAUAUUAAGCUCUUUGGGGCAGAGACUUUGUAUACGCACAAUGCUUAGCCUCUGUUCUCACCUGGGGCUUUUAGACUUUUCCAUGAAGAAUAUUAAAAUAAUAAUCUUGUGCCACAUAACAAAGAAGUUUAUUACGAUAUAUUUUCCUCAAAUCCUGUCCUGCUUGUUUGGCAGUUUCUUGAGUGACACGACGGCAUGCUGGUGUGUAAACACACCCAAAGACCUGCACUCCUGUAAAAUCCGAGAUUUAGAUCUGAGGUUCAGACUUCCCCAAAGAUGAAUUCAGACAGUCCAGUGGACAUAGGUCAUUUUAUAUUCUUUGAGUUAAAAGUUUAGAUAAUUAAGUAUACUUAAAAUAAUCUCAGGCCCUCUUAUUCUAUGAAUUUCAGUGACACAGACUUUUACUUGAUAUGUAAUUCUUAAAGUGAGGGGAGGGAUCAAAAAGUUACAAAGGGCUCAUGCUUUCCUUUUUCUCUUCAUCACUGAGGUUCUACUAAGGCCUGUUUUAUUUGGAACUCAGCUUUUUCCCUUGGGUACCUGUACUUUCUUCCUUUUACAUGAUUAAGCUGGGUGAACAGUUUGCACCAAACCUUUUAGUCAUGAGUUUAGUUAAAAAAUCAGUUUCUGGCACCAGAAACCCAGGAAGUCUUUUAUUAUUCAGGCUUAUCUGAUGAACGGUUUGUGUUAGCACACUCAAAUUACUCCUCAUGGAAGUAAUUUCCUACGUGUGUUAUUUCACUGGAAACUCGUGGUACAUACUUGAGGUUUCAAUCCAUUGACCAGGUGAUUUCAAAAUACACAAAAACCUUUCAAAGGAUCAUGAACAGUCAAGCUCAUUCACUGUUAGGGAUACCUGCUUUCUGUUUUGACAGACAUUGAUGAAAACAAAAAUUCCUUUGCUAUCUAUAGUUGGGGAAAAAGAAGGAAAAAAAAAAAGAAAACUAAAUUCAUGUUUUCUUUUUCUCUUUUCCCCUUAAAGAAAAGAAAAUUAUUUUUAUAAGAAUUCCCUUGCCUUGCCUAUGACAUUGUAACCUCCACUGGGAUCACCUUACCCGCCUGGCCUCUGUAAAUCUUUCCCAUCUUGGAACAGGGUUUUUAACCUCUGUCUGCCUCCACCUUGAUACACACCACUAAUACUCAGAGAAGUUUAAGAUAGUCUGGCAGUUAGGAGUCAUAGCUCCUGAAUAUCGAAAAGGCAGCUAAUGAAUGAAAAUAUGCAUUUACUCCCUCCACUACUGCCUUUCCCUGAAAGCUUUGAAUUGAAGGAGAAAGCCCAUUAUUUAAAAAAAUAAAUAAAUAAUAAGAAGCUCUCUGCAUAGGAUGAUUUUAUUCUAUUAUUUUGCCAGAUGGAGAAAAUCCUGACAAAGCAGUGCUAAACCUCUCAGCCCCAGGCUUUUUAAUACCGCAGGAUAAAGCAAUCUGGCCUCUACUUCAUUGCCUCUGAGAAAUAAGAAUAAAUUAGAGCCAUAAAGAGGGCCCAUUAAUAGCGUGCAAUUUUGCCAUCAGUUAUAAAAAUGUUAAAUAGCUUUCACUGAAACAGGGCCCUGAGCCAAGCAGCACAGACUCCUUACUUUCUGGCAGACUCCACAUCACUUCACUCUUUCAUCACUUUCCUUCUUUUAUUUCCUAGUUCUUUGAGGCAGAUUAUUUUUGACAACAAUACUAAAAAAAAAAGAAAAAAAAAUCCAAGCGGAUCCUACACACACCACCACGUCUUUUCAGCAACAGCAACACUUUGGGGAAGAACUUGUUCCCAUGGUGUCAGCUUCCCUGCUGGCAGCAGAGCCGCUUUGUUGCUGGGGUCCUCACCCAGACCUGCCCUCCCCCAAGCGCUGGAGCUCCCAGGCAGCAGCAGAGCCUGCUCUGGUGCCCCACCACAGCCCCCAGUCCAUGGCAAAGGGCAACUGCUGAAGGCACUGAAGUGAUGGAGAAAUUUUGAAAAUUCCUCCCCUGGUCCUCAGAUGUGGCAAACCUGUGGCUUUCUGUGCAUAUGCUCUAUUGCUAACCUGACCAGAAACAGGAAACUGCAGCAAUCUCACAAGGAAGUCUGCUCUGAUGAGGUUUCUUGGCCCUUCUCAGACACUGAAGAAAUUGCACUCUUAAACCAUGUUCUGCUUGGGGAAGAAGCGUCUACAGGAGUUAAUAUGUGCCGUUAUUUGUAAUCCUGGUUGAUAGAAAAAGUACGUAUUACUGGGUUUAAUUCUGGCCAUUGUUAAUUGCUGUAGGAAAUGUUCAUAGGAACUUAAAUGAAGUCAAGUCAAUGCAUUACACUUCCAUCCAAGCUCACCCGGGGGCAGCAAAUCAAAAUCAAAUCAAGCUUAAUAACAGAGGUUACAGAGUUGGAUCCAAACUUCCCCAAAGCUGCAGAGGCUUUUAAUUCAGGCUUGCAAUUACACUUCACAGGGCUCAUUGACACCUCCUGUGAAAUUGGCCUGAACCCAAACUCCUCAAAGUGCAGAUCCGAAAAUGAGGUCACGGCUUGUCUGACACACAUGCACUAGUUAGGCUGAACGAGUGCUGAUGGAUGGACUUGGAGUUUUGCAUUCGCUUCACUUCUGGUUUUGUUUCAUUUUAUGUUUUUCCACACUUCCCACAGGGAGGUAAUCUUAGUCACUUAGAGAGAAAUUCCUUGCUGUGCCAUGGGCCAAACAAGGGGCUGUGUAUUACCCAAAAAUGAACAGUCCUGUUUGAAGAACCCCACCUGGAUCAAUGCUGCGCUGGCCUUCUACAAAGUAACUGCCUGACUCUGCAUGCCUCUUACGUACCCAAAUUCCUUUGGAGAGCAAACAACAUUCUGCAGAAGCCUCAGCCACUAGCUCAUGCUCUUAAAUUAACAUGUUUUUCUUCUGAAUAUUAUUCUUCAUAAUUCAGUAUUAGAUAUGAAAAGUGCAAGCAGGUCUAUGUCUUUUCAAGUACCCUAUCAUGCAAUUAAAGUAAGAAAGGGACUAACCAGCACAAAUACCCAACCAAAAAGCAAAAUAAAUAAGAAGCCUUUGAUCUUGGGGACCUCUAACUGCGCCUGCUGACAGGUCUUUCCAAAGUGGAAGUGAUACAACAUGUGUUCAGUGUGAAGAACAAGGGAAAGCAAAGGCAUCUUCCGUAGGAGGAACAACUGUAACGACGCAAAUUCUUACAAGCAACACUUGUGACAGCAGGAGUUGCACUGAGUGACCUUCAAAACCUCUUCCAGCUCCAGCUUUUUAUGGUUGUAAUAGGCUCAACUGCAAGAAAACAUGAUGGGCUGUGAGGAUACGGAGUCUUGGAAAAAUGUUUUGGGGAGCUCAGGUUUAGGACCCCCUGAUUUCUGUUUUCAGAAGUAGUCCCAUGAGCUUGAAGAUUUGGGGUUGAAAAGGGCAGAGACCAAAGAAGGCUGGCACAGCAAAUUCCAAAAUUCAGAUGCCUUCAAGGAGAGUGAAGCUCCAGAGCCCCCAGCAUGCAGGCUCUGCUGUGAGACCUUUCUAUCACAGCCAGAGCCUUCAGCCCCUUCACACUCACUAUCACCUCUGGGCUGCUUGUACGCAGCAAGCACCCUCCUGUGCUGCAAGACAAGGAUGUCGUAGACCAUGAGUAAGAUCAGUUUUUCCUCAGACGCCAUAUCCUGCAGAUAUUGGCACACCAUUUCCCUUCAUUCAUGUCCACACCAUCUAAAUUUAGGAUCCCUGUUUCCCUAUAUAGCUGUCUUGAAGCAAGAACGUCCAGGCAGUGAGUCAGAGCACCCAAAUUAGCUGCCUAUUUUAGACACUGUCAACUGGUGACGGAGUCUUUACUCAGUCCACCAAGCCCUGGCUCUCAACAGCUCCAUUCAAGAUGAGAUGAUAAACGAUCAUUUAAUCUGCGGCCUGAUAAUUUAUGGCACUUUCUACAGCUCCAAGCAGAGCACUACCUGGGCUGUGAGGCUGGGUGAGAUUCCUGGAAAGCCUGUGGCUCUCCUGCAGAGCAUGUUUGUAAGAUAAAAUGCCAGUGCCAACUGAGUAAGUUGUUAGAUGUAUGAGUGCAAAAAAGAAUAAGUCUUUCCCACUUAGGCCGUUUCACUACCACUAGUGCAUGUUGCUUGGACUUGUCCAGAACUGAUGGGGGGAGCAACGUUUUGGAAUUAGGCACCAAUUCAGUAUUUAAGUUUUGAAGGGAGUAUUUGUUCACCUAAAACUGUUUAUUAAGUAUUUUAGAUAUAUUUUUUUUCACACCUGCAGUUUUAUGUAUUUCCUUGUUUUUUUGUUAUUCUGCUUCUUCCCCUUGUUGAUUCUAUUUUUCAUUCUCUCUCAUAAAAAUGGAUGGGAAAAAAAAUUUUAAUGUAAAGGAGGAAAAAGGAAGGAAACCGCAGAAACAUGAAUUGGGAAAAAAACUGAUUGAACCGUUAAAUGAGGUCUAUUGAUACUCUAACUUUGAGGAUGUGAGUAUGUGUUGGCAUAUGCAACAGUUUAAAAAUAGGUAUUUCUAAAGCUUACGCUUAAGAGGAAUAAUAAGUUUAAUGCUUAAAAAUGAGAAUAUGCAGUUUUUUAAUACUUUAUAUGAAUGUAAAUUCCAGGGGCUUCAAGGAGUUCCUCAAGCUUGACAGUGGUAGAAGAGCAGAACUUCUGCCUUUGGCAAGCAGAUUGUGUGCAGAAUAUCAGAGCCUUUAUAUUUAAAGGGUAUUUUUUCAUGUAUAAACCUGACUGUGUUGUGAGACAGUGCAUCGGGAGCUUUAGCAAUAGACACAUGAAAUGUCAAAAUAAUUGUAUCAUGUAAAAUGACGUAGUUUUUUUCUUUUUAUGUUGUUAAUUAUUCCAGUUUAAAUAUUGAGUUGGGGAUGGGGAGGGAGUGUUUUCCUGAAUAAACACGUCUG